GUGAGGUGUAUGAUUCACACUGGGCUAACAGUAGUUAGCAAGAGCUCACUGAAAAGUUUGAUACAAAAUGUACUUUAACCAGCCAGCUACCAGACACGGAGACUGUACUGCAAGCAUACAGGACAGACUAUUUGACAGCAUUGACAGAUGAAUUGGGAUUUUUUUUUUUACAAGUUCAGAGCUAGCUAACGUAAGCUAGCUAGCGUUAGCUAGCUGCUAUCAAACAACACCGCAUAGCCAGCGAAUCGAAUCAAGUGCUAAUGGACACGACUAGGUAACUUCACCGGUACACAUUCUUUGGAAAAGUAAGCAACACCAUUGAGAAAGGGGAGACCAUGUCAGCAACAUCAUGACAGACAGGGAAGAGGCGCUUUAGCACCCUGACCACAAGGUAAGGAGCCAUGGAUGUGUUACAGCAGCUACCUUCCCCUGAGCACCUUGAACAGGUGAAUGGGGAGACUAGGACAGGCCCGCAGCCCCUAUGUGGCCCAAACUCUCCACAUCCCCUGGACACAGCAGCUGAUGAUAUAUGGACUGCAAGGGAGGUUGAGGCAGUGGCCCCUGACUUUGGAGGGUUGACGGACCUGCAGGAGCUGGGGGUUGAGGAGGGUGAAGGCAGUGGGGCGGAGAGGCCGAGGUCCCCCAUCUCGAGGGUAUCAUGGAAUGGGACUGGCAGCCAACAGAAUGGAGAGAAUGGAGGAGGGGAAGAGGAGAGACUGGAGAAGGACAAGACUAGCUACAGCAGACAAGACAGUCCUGCUGCUGAUAACAACUAUACAGACCUGUCUCACACGUCGUCUCCCUCGCUGUCGGAGCAGCUGCGUCUGGGACGGGAUGAGGCCACAGGCCCUGGUAUCAACGUGGAGUGUAGGAUCUGUGCUGACAAAGCUUCAGGGUUCCACUACGGUGUGCAUGCCUGCGAGGGCUGCAAGGGCUUCUUCCGGCGGACCAUUCGGAUGAAGCUGGAGUACGAGCGCUGUGAGAGAGCCUGUAAGAUCCUGAAAAAGAACCGUAAUAAGUGCCAAUACUGCCGCUUCCAGAAGUGUCUGGCCCUGGGCAUGUCCCAUGACGCGAUCCGGUAUGGGCGUAUGCCGGGGGCUGAGAAGAAGAAGCUAGUGGCUGGCCUGCUAGCGGAGGAGCUGGACCCCCACCACCUUGGUGGCUCAGACCUCAAGACCCUGGCUAAACAGGUGUACCAAGCCUACCUGAAGAACCUCAUUAUGACCAAGAAGAAAGCCCGCAGCAUCCUCACCGGCAAGACCAGCUGCACAUCGCCAUUUGUGAUCCAUGAUGUGGACACCCUGUGGCAAGCAGAGAGUGGUCUAGUGUGGAACCAGUUAAUCCCGGGCGCGCCCCUCACAAAGGAGAUAGGGGUACACGUGUUUUACCGCUGUCAGUGCACCACGGUGGAGACGGUACGAGAGCUAACUGAGUUCGCCAAGAACAUCCCAGGGUUUGUGGAUCUCUUCCUCAACGACCAGGUGACACUACUGAAGUAUGGCGUCCACGAGGCCAUCUUCGCCAUGCUGCCCUCCCUCAUGAACAAAGAUGGCCUCCUGGUGGCCAACGGGAAGGGCUUUGUGACCCGGGAGUUCCUGAGGAGCCUCCGUAAACCCUUCAGUGAGAUCAUGGAGCCCAAGUUUGAGUUUGCUGUGAAGUUCAAUGCUCUGGAGCUGGAUGACAGUGACCUGGCUCUGUUUGUGGCCAUUAUCAUCCUGUGUGGAGACCGCCCGGGGCUAAUGAACGUGAAGCAGGUAGAACAGAGUCAGGACGGUAUUCUCCAGGCCUUGGACCAGCACCUGCAGGCCAACCACCAGGACUCCCUCUACCUUUUCCCCAAGCUGCUGAACAAGAUGGCCGACCUCAGACAGCUGGUCACAGAGAACGCCCUGCUGGUGCAGAAGAUCAAGAAGACAGAGUCAGAGACCUCUCUGCACCCUCUACUACAGGAGAUCUAUAAGGACAUGUACUGACUGGACUAAACCAGACUGAACAUGCACUGACUGGGCUAAACCAGACUGAACUGGACUGGGACUUGCUGCACCCGCUAGUGCAGGAUUUCUACAAGGACAUGUACUAGUCUCCUCAAAAGUAGUGCACAACAUAGGGAAUAGGGUGCCAUUUCGGACACACCCCGAGUCUGCGACCUCAUUGCUCCCGCUACUGCAGGAGCUCAACAAGAACAUGACUGGACACAGUGGCCUAAACCGGACCAACUCGGACUAGACUGCUGCAUCUGCUACUACAGGAAUUGGACUAAACCAGAUUUAACAGGAUGGGACCGUACCUUGCUGCACUCUCUACUGUAGGAGAUCUAUAAAGACAUUCAUGUACUAGUCCUCCUCAUAAGCAGAGCCACACUGUUCAAUGCAAUACUUUAUUGUCCCCUUAGAGCGAACCCUGACUUAGCAAAUAGUGUCCCCUUAGAGCAAAUACUGACUGUUGUUGACAGCAAUAUGUUUACAUAAUGAUGUUAUGUAUAUAUUAAUGUACAAUACCAGUCAAAAGUUUGGACACAC